AUGGUUUUGUCUGGCAUGUUGGAGCCCAUGUGGACAUUUAUUGUCUUCUGUGUUCUACAGAUAGUAAAUUCAAUUGACCAGGGCUGCAGAUUACCCAGCACUGAACUUGCAGGCAUGUCAGCUCCUGGAGAUAUUAUAAUUGGUGGGGUGAUGCCUAUUCAUGUGGACAAAAUAUACCCUAAAUUUACCUACAAAGAGAAACCACCCCUUGCUUUCUGCACAAAGUUCCAAUUCGAGACCUAUCAGUAUAUCCAGGCGAUGAGAUUUGCUGUGAUGGAAGUCAACCAGAAUCCAGGUCUGUUACCCAAUAUCACACUGGGGUUUGAGAUCCAUGAUUCCUGUACAGUUCUACAGAGGGCAAUAGGAGGCACCCUGCAGAUGCUUACUGGCCUAGGUCAAUCUCUGCCAAAUUAUAGAUGCCGUCAAAAUACUCCCCUGGCAGCUAUUAUUGGUCAUUCCAUGUCCACUUACUCCAUGCUGAUAGCUCAUAUCCUAGGGUUAUACCGAUACCCACAGAUCAGCCACUUUUCCACCAGCUCUCUCCUCAGUGAUCGAACACAGUUCAACUCCUUUUUCAGGACAGUUCCCAGUGAUACUUUCCAAUCCCAAGGACUGGCUCAGCUACUGCUAUAUUUUGGAUGGACUUGGGUGGGAUUGGUAGCUAUUGACAAUGAUUAUGGACAACAAGCAAUCCAACUGAUCAAAAAAGAAAUCAUAAAGGCUGGAUCAUGUGUGGCCUUCACUGAGAACAUAUUGAUAAGCAGGGAAGACCGCAAUGCUCCACAUGUUGCACGGGUUAUCAAAGAGUCAACAGCACAGGUGGUAGUUUUCUUUACUACUGAGGUAGACCUGAUCCACAUUCUAGAGGAAAUGUUGAAGCAGAAUGUAUCGGGAAAGAUAUGGGUGGCCAGUGAGGCCUGGGCUACCUCUCCAUUCCUGUCAGUGGAGAAAUAUUUUGCACUUCUCUCUGGAACAGUUGGCUUUGCUAUUUACAGAGGAACCAUACCUGGCUUUAAAUACUUUCUGAAUGGGAUUCAUCCUUCUAUGUCUCUGGGUGCAGAAUGGGUAAAAAUAUUCUGGGAGCAGGCUUUCGGUUGCAAAUUCCUGGUUGAUAAAAACCUCACAGACUCUAAUGAAUCCUCAAUAAAAGAAUGUACAGGAUCAGAAAACCUAGAAAAUCUCCAGAAUGAUUACAAUGAUGUAUCUAACUUGAGGGUGGCCUACAAUAUUUACAUAGCAGUCCAUGUUAUAGCUAAAGCUCUGCAUGAUCUCAGCAUGUGCACUAAAGGGAAAGGUCCGUUUGCUAAUGGAACAUGUGCAGAUGUUUGGAAAUUCAAGCCUUGGCAGGAUCUGGCUGUAGUUCCUUGGACUGUCCAGCAGGUGGCUCCUGCUAGUCUGCACAGUGAAGAAAUGAAACAUGCUCUGUCCUGUCUGGAUCUUCUUUGCUUCCUUUGCUGCGGGAGGUUACUCGAGCAUCGGCCGCUUUUACAUUAUAUAAAGAGAGUGCAUCUUAGGAUGAGCAGUGGGAGGGAAUUGUUCUUCAAUGAGAAUGGAGAUCCCCCAGCCUUGUAUGAUAUUGUAAAUUGGCAGCUCGGUCCUGAUGGAAGACUCAGACAGGUCACCGUGGGCAGUUAUGAUACCGCAGCGGACAGCAGAAAUGCUUUUACUAUUGACACAAAUGCUGUUCAGUGGGGCAAUGGUGAAAAACAGAUUCCUAUCUCAGUUUGCAGUGACAGCUGUUCAACAGGAUAUAGAAAAUCUUCCAUAUCUGGAAAACCAGCAUGUUGUUUUCAAUGUGUUCUUUGUCCCCAAGGAGAGAUCUCUAACCAAACAGACUCUGUAGAUUGCUCUAAAUGUCCAUGGGAUAUGUGGCCAAAUUUACAACGGAACGUUUGUAUGCCUAAACCUCAUGAAUUUCUCUCCUAUGAAGAUCCCUUAGGUACAACAUUAGCUGUUGCAAGUGUUUCCUCUUCAUUAGUUCCAAUUGCUAUCUUUGUACUUUUUAUUCGUUAUAAGACUACUCCCAUUGUUCGAGCCAACAAUUACUCUCUAAGUUGUCUUCUCUUGAUAUCCCUAUCUUUGUGCUUCCUCUGUGCUCUGAUUUUCAUUGGACAACCAAAACAUGCAAAAUGUCUUUUGCGACAGGUUACAUUUGGCAUUGUUUUUGCUCUAGGUGUAUCCUGUAUCUUGGCUAAAACCAUUGUGGUAGUUUUAGCCUUCAAGGCCACAAAACCAGGCAGCAGCUUGAAAAAGUGGACUAGACCUCUGGUGUAUUAUUACAGUGUUGUUAUAUGUGUUGUUAUUCAGGCUUUCAUCUGCAUCCUAUGGCUUUUGCUCUCACCUCCUUUCUUGGAGGAUAACACCCAAAUAAAAUCUGGAAUUAUUGUCAUUCAAUGUAAUGAAGGUUCACCCUUUGCCUUCUGGUGUAUGUUGGGAUACCUUGGUCUUCUUGCCACCAUCAGUUUCAUUGUUGCUUUUUUGUCCAGAAGACUACCAGAUAGCUUCAAUGAAGCCAAGUUCAUCACCUUCAGCAUGCUAGCCUUCCUCAGUGUUUGGUUGUCCUAUAUUCCAGCCUCACUCAGUGCCCGAGGCAUGUACACAGUAGCCAUGGAACUGUUUGCUAUUCUAUCAUCAAGCUGGGCUCUGGUUAUCUGCAUGUUUGUCCCUAAAUGUUUGAUCAUAUUGUUUCAACCUCACAUGAAUUCCAAAGAACAUCUCAUGGGGAAAGAGAGAAAUGUGCUUAAUAAGUAUUGUUACCAGAAGCAAUUUCAAGGGCUUUUUUUCAGAGAUCUCUCUGUCAUAGCAAUUAUAGAGUUAGAUUUUGUUGUAGAGAUAGUAAAUUCAAUUGACCAGGGCUGCAGAUUACCCAGCACUGAACUCGCAGGCAUGUCAGCUCCUGGAGAUAUUAUAAUUGGUGGGGUGAUGCCUAUUCAUGUGGACAAAAUAUACCCUAAAUGUACCUACAAAGAGAAACCACCCAUUGCUUUCUGCAGAAAGUGA